UCUUAGACUUCUCAUACUCUCAAUCCAAAAGCUAAGAAUUAUAUAAUUUGCUUAUGUUUAUUGCUUAUCUUAUCCUUAAUUUGCUCUAAAUUAGUGUUAUCUGUUAUGAUAAAUUACUAUGGAGUACUUUUAAUCCAUAUAUAGCACGAAAUCAACUCGGGUUUUAUAUACUAGAAAACCUCAAGUCCUAGUCAUUUCUAAGCUUCGUUAACACGAAAACAAUUGGUUUUUCAUCUCAUAAGUUUCCGUGUUAGCUAAUUAACCCAAUCUCAAAAUUAAUUACCAAUAAACCAGCAAUAAUUAAGUUGCAAGAGCACUAGAGCAGCAAGGUUUUCAUGGAUUCAAAUCACUCAAUCGAUAAGCCUAAAAACAUCCUUAAUAGCCCAGAACUUCUUCAGUGUAAAUUGGAAACCAGAGCAUAUCCAAACAAGCAUGAACAACUCAAGGAAAUUCGACUUGCUACUGUUGAAAAAUAUCCUCAUUUGUACACAAUGAACGUUGCUGCUGAUGAAGCACAACUUCUAUCAAUCAUGUUAAAAUUUAUGUUAAAAUUUAAGGGUGCAUAAUUUCUCUGUUUUCUAGGUACACAAUGAACGUUGCUGCUGAUGAAGCACAACUUCUAUCAAUCAUGUUAAAGCUUAUGAAUGCCAAAAGGACAUUGGAGAUCAGUGUUUUUACUGGCUACUCGCUUCUUUCCACUGCCCUUGCUCUCCCUGAUGAUGGCAAGGUUAUAGCCAUCGAUGUAAACAGAGAAGCCUAUGAGGUUGGAUUACCUUUUAUUAAGAAGGCAGGAGUUGAGCAUAAGAUUGAUUUUGUCGAAGGAAUUGCUGUGCAAAUCUUGAAUGAUCUUCUAAACAAUGAACGAUCCCAGGCCAUUUUUAGAAUCGGAAACCAUUUCAUCUUAUUUCAUGUAAUUAAAAAUGUGAACAAAUUUAAAGAUGUAUCUAAAUAUGCAGGGUGGAGAAGGGACAUUUGAUUUUGCAUUUAUGGAUGCUGAUAAGAAAAACUACAAGAACUACCAUGAAGUGUUGUUGAAACUCGUCAAAGUUGGAGGAGCCAUUGCCUAUGACAACACCCUUUGGUUUGGUUCCGUUGCAUAUUCUGAAGAUGUUUGAGUUUUUCGAAGAUGGUGAUCAGGAAAACAAGUCUUUUAAUCAAAGUGUUCGCAGGGAUACGAAGGAAUUGAAUAGCUUCCUUGCAAGUGAUCCUCGAGUUGAAUCUGCCCUCAUAUCAAUUGGAGACGGUGUUACUCUCUGCAGGAGAAAGAAUUAGCUAGGAGUGAUUUGGUAAACACUUUCUUUCUGUGUUGAUUAUAUAAAUCGGAUUUUCGGAUAUCUGAGUGUCAUAGUGAUGAGUUUAUUUUCUGCAAGUCUGUAAAAGUACAUUGAGUCAGUAUGUACUUAUGUGUUAGGAUGGACACAAAAUGUGAUUCUAAUGGAAAUAUGGAAUAAAAGUUCCCUGCUAACAUUAGAAAAGCAUUGAAGGUUCAGUUCUAAAAGUCUGAAACCAACAGUCAAUUGUUUUGCACAAAGAUUUCGAGUGCUGUUUCAGAGCCAUCAACUGACUUCUAUGCCUUGUGAUGUUUAACUAAUACUAUUAUUUUUAUCCGAUAA